GUGGGAGGACGUCGGCUGACUGCAGCGCAUUGCAAUGCAGAGAGGAGAGACUGCGAUGCCUGUAUGAGCUGCACGCCUGAAGCCCACAGCAGCAGCAGGAGCAGCAGGAGCAGCCUCCUGUGCGGACAGGGUGCAGGGAGGUGCUGCUGGAGUUUCUGCGCACACACACACCUCUGGCCGCUGCUACCCGAAGAGGGCCGAGGUGUCUCUGCAGCGCCGCAGCAGCUUUUCAGAGGGAUACCGUCUCGAUACGUGACUCCGAGCCCAAAGCUGCCCUGGCUCGGGAUCUGAGAGGGAGGGGGGGCCCUACCGCGGCACCCCGCCCGUCCCGCCUCAUUUGGACUGCAGGGAUAACGACCUAAACCGUGAUAUCCCCGCUCAGAAACCACCGAGCAGGUGUUGGCGGCAGCGCUGUCACCCUCCGUGCACCGUCCUCCUCCAUCCCCGCACCUCUGCGCCAAAGGUUCCCAUUGCCAUUGAAUAAGAUGACGUAAGAGUCGGCAAAUAUAGUGACUGUUUAUGUCUAUCCUUUGCUACAGCUGUUCUGUUAUGAUGCAAGGACCAGAAUGGUUGAUGAGAGGAGCCCCUGUGGAGAAGGAAUCGGCACAUUAUUUCCAAAGUUUCCAUACGUUCCCAGGCACGACAGCCUCUUCAAACCAGCUCUUAAUGUUGAGACAUGAAGUUGCGUCAGUGGGGAUAAAUCAGUAAAAUGCGUCUUCACUUUGACGACCAAUCUAAUCGUUAAGAAGCUUCCACCAAUCGUUGCCUCAUCUAAAACCCUUUCCAACAGUUUUUGCUUCUCGUCUUCUUACCAAUCGCACAACAUGCGUCCUUCGCUCGCUACAGCUGUCCUACCACCCAGGACCCGCUCCCACAAUCCACCCAACCUCGCAGUGGGGGGCCGCGAACACCUCUCAGCUCCACGAAGGCGUAGCCCCCACCUCCGGCACACCCUCAGUCCGGAGAACCUGCGAACCUUGGCAGAGAGGGGCGGAGCUGCUGUCGACACUGCCUCUGUUAUCAGCAGCCCUAUCGGUCUCCCACGGGCUAACAGUGACACAGAUCUGGUGACCUCCCAGAGCCGAUCUUCGCUAACGGCGUCCACUCUGGAGUACACGCUGAACCGCGGCCAGAACCUCGUCAUAUCCUGGGACAUCAAGGAGGAGGUGGAUGCUACCGACUGGAUCGGGUUGUACCAUAUUGAUGAAACCAGUCCGUCCAACGUGUGGGACUGUAAGAACCGAGGGGUGAAUGGAACCCAGAAGGGUCAGAUCGUUUGGAGGCUGGAGCCCGGGCCCUACUUUAUGGAGCCCGAGACGAAGAUCUGUUUUAAGUACUACCACGGAGUAAGCGGAGCCCUGAGAGCCACGACCCCGUGCAUCACUGUGAAGAACCCUGCAGUCCUGGUGGAGGGCCUAGCAGAGCAGGUGGGCAUUGAACAUCCACGGAAACUGAUUAGCUUUACUUUAACAGAUUUGCGUGCCACUGGUCUGAAGAAGGGCAUGUUUUUUAAUCCGGACCCGUACCUGAAGAUGUCCAUCCACCCAGGGAAGAGGAGCGUCUUUCCCAUCUUCAGCCACCACGGACAGGAACGACGAUCAGCCAUCAUUGCUAACACCACCAACCCUGUCUGGCAUGGAGAGAAAUACACGUUUGUAGCUCUGAUGACGGACAUCCUGUACAUCGAGGUAAAGGACAAGUUCGCAAAGAGUCGACCAAUCAUCAAACGCUUCCUCGGUCAGCUCACUAUCCCUGUGCAGAGACUUAUUGAAAAAAUACCCGGAGUCCAACCUGUGAGUUUCCCCCUGUGUCGGCGCCUUCCUACUGAACACGUCAGCGGCCAUUUGCAGUUCAAGGUGGAGCUCACAUCGACUGGGCCUGAUGGUGCCUCUCCUGAGUCUAUCAUCGGCAUUUCGUCCUUAAAUGGAGCUCCAGGGACUCCUUCCGAUGACGAAGACCUGCCCCACCAUCUUCCAGGAGUGGUCUCUUCUGGCCCCUCUCCUACCGGUUCCCAGGGCUCCCAGGGCAUGUGGGAAGGCGGGGCCACAGCCUACCCAGAGAAGGAGCUGCCUCUUGUUGGAGCUGAAGGGAGAUUUGUGGAGCAUGAAAGCCUUUCAUGCCAUGAAAUGCUCCAGAGGUCACUUAGCGAGGGCCUGGAUGCUAUCGAGGCCCCUAAAGGCCCCGGUGAAAGACCCCUUGGCGCAGCCUCGCCUAAACUGCGCUCCAGCUUCCCCACACACACACGGCUUAGCGCCAUGUUGCACAUCGAUUCAGACGAGGACGAUGAGCGGUCCGGAGCCAAUGACAUCAUCCCGGUGCCACUGUCACCGCUGCUGAUGAAUGGGGUGCCACCGGAUGUCAGCGGCCCCGAUGAGGACGACGCAUUUGCUGAGAUCAAGCAGGAGCCAGAGCAGCUGGAGCCCUCUGUGCUGGAGGAGGAGCCCGAGGGUGCAGGUGCUGUGACAGAAGACGUGGCCCCUGAGGCAGAGGCGGCCCUGGAGAUGGGUGCAGGUCUGGACUUGGAGGAUGUUUUGGAGCCAGACGUCUUCUCCGAGGUGGAGGAGACUCCUUUCACAGAGGCUGUGUCCCACAGUGCUCUGCCAGAGGGUGAAGUGCAUGAGGAGGGAAGAGGGCCUGGCGAGGACCCCUCCUCUGAGAUUGACACCUGCUCCAUGGCAACAGCUCAGCAGACCGUCUUCUCAUCAUCAGAGAGCUGUCCAAUCACUGUGACAACUGCUGUGGAAGCAGAGGAGGGAGCUGAGACGGCCAUAGAUCCAGGGGGAGACGUCGUUUCCGGGACCCCACCAACUAAUCAAGCUGUAGACGAUGAAGGAGGCGGGCAUGUUACUGUUACUGAGGCGACAGGAGAGGCUUCCCCGGUCUUCCAGCAGGAGGUGGUGGAGGAGAUCAGUGUGAGGAGGCUGAGCCUGCAGGCUGCCGGGGGCACGGCUGGAGAACAGGACAGGGAGGAGAUAAAGCCGCAGGAGGAGGCGGGCUCUGCUGAUUCAGAGCAGGCCACCACAGAAACAGAUGGAGAGGAAGGCACUCACGUUAACGGCCAUCCUGUACGUUCGCUUCCUUCUGUGCGUCAUGACAUCCACCGAUACCAACGUGUGGACGAGCCUCUACCUCCCAACUGGGAGGCUCGGAUCGAGCACGGGAGGAUCUUCUUUGUGGACCACGUGAACAGAACCACCACAUGGCAGCGUCCCACCGGACCUCCCGCCCCGCAGGGCCUGACCCGCUCCAACUCCAUUCAGCAGAUGGAGCAACUCAACCGCAGGUACCAGAGCAUCAGGAGGACCAUCACUAACAGUGACCGUGCAGAGGAAACCCCGGUCGACCUGCUUCCUGAACCAGAAAGUGAACUGAUGCCUCACUCCAUUUCUGAAUACAGACGAGAAAGUGCCGUGGCUCACUCCAGUGGUCGCUCGCGUCUCUCUCUGCUGCUCCAGUCACCCAGCGCCAAGUUCCUGUGCAGCCCCGACUUCUUCACCGUGCUGCAUUCUAACCCUAGUGCCUACCGCAUGUUUACGAGCAACACCUGCCUGAAGCACAUGAUCAGCAAGGUGCGUCGGGACGCUCACUACUUUGAGCGCUACCAGCACAACCGCGACCUCGUCACCUUCCUCAACAUGUUCUCCAACAAGCAGCUGGAGCUUCCUCGGGGCUGGGAGAUGAAGCACGACCACACUGGGAAGCCCUUCUUUGUGGAUCACAACUGUCGCUCCACGACCUUCAUUGACCCCCGGCUGCCCCUCCAGAGUUCUCGCUCCACUGGGCUCCUGGCCCACCGCCAGCACCUGAGCCGCCAGCGCAGCCACAGUGCUGGGGAGGUGGUGGACGACUCUCGCCAAACCAACCCGCCCUCCAUGCCCCGCCCCUCCAGCACCUUCAGCGGCUCCAGUCGAAGUCAGUACCACGACGUGGUGCCUGUGGCCUACAAUGACAAGAUAGUGGCGUUUCUACGGCAACCCAACAUCGUUGAGAUCCUGCAGGAAAGGCAACCUGAGCUCGCCAGGAAUCACUCGCUCAAGGAAAAGGUGCAGUUUAUUCGCAGUGAGGGAGUCACCGGGCUGGCUCGUCUCUCUAGCGACGCUGACCUCGUCAUGCUGCUCAGCUUAUUUGAGGAGGAGGUGAUGUCAUACGUACCACCUUUACUCCACCCGAGUUACUGCCUGUCCUCUCCUCAGAGCUCCCCUGGCACCCAGCGAGCUAAUGCCCGCGCUCCAGCUCCCUAUAAGCGAGAUUUUGAAGCCAAACUGAGGAACUUCUAUCGAAAGCUGGAGACCAAAGGUUAUGGUCAGGGACCGGGAAAAGUCAAGCUCAUCAUACGCAGGGACCACCUCCUGGAGGACGCCUUUAACCAAAUCAUGUGUUACUCCCGUAAAGACCUGCAACGGAGUAAACUCUACGUCAGCUUUGUGGGCGAGGACGGGCUGGACUACAGUGGACCCUCCAGAGAGUUUUUCUUCCUGGUGUCCAGAGAACUGUUCAACCCGUAUUACGGCCUGUUUGAAUACUCGGCCAAUGACACGUACACUGUCCAGAUCAGCCCCAUGUCUGCCUUUGUGGACAACCACCAUGAAUGGUUUCGCUUCAGUGGACGUAUCCUGGGCCUGGCCCUCGUCCACCAGUACCUGCUGGAUGCCUUCUUCACCCGACCCUUUUACAAGGGGCUUCUUCGCAUCCCAUGUGACCUGAGCGACCUGGAGUUCCUGGAUGAGGAGUUCCACCAGAGCCUGCAGUGGAUGAAAGACAACGACAUCGAAGACAUGCUGGACCUCACCUUCACUGUCAAUGAGGAGGUGUUUGGACAGAUUACAGAGAGAGAGCUGAAGCCAGGCGGGGCUGGUAUCCCUGUAUCAGAGAAGAACAAGAAGGAGUACAUUGAGCGUAUGGUCAAGUGGCGUAUAGAGCGAGGAGUGGCCCAGCAGACGGAGAGCCUGGUCAGAGGUUUCUAUGAGGUGGUGGAUGUACGACUGGUGUCAGUGUUUGAUGCCAGGGAGCUGGAGCUGGUGAUUGCAGGCACGGCAGAGAUCGACCUGGCAGACUGGAGGAACAACACCGAGUACAGAGGAGGUUACCAUGACAACCACAUAGUGAUUCGCUGGUUCUGGGCAGCUGUGGAGAGGUUCAACAAUGAGCAGAGGCUGAGACUGCUGCAGUUUGUGACAGGCACCUCCAGUAUUCCCUACGAGGGAUUUGCCUCUCUGAGGGGCAGUAAUGGACCCCGCAGAUUCUGUGUUGAGAAGUGGGGAAAAAUCACAUCCUUACCCAGGGCUCACACUUGCUUUAAUCGCCUGGACCUCCCACCUUACCCCUCCUUCUCCAUGCUCUACGAGAAGCUGGUCACCGCUGUCGAGGAAACAAGCACGUUUGGCUUGGAGUAACCUCAAAUCAGCUCACGCCCAGGUUUAACUUAGGAGCAAGAAUCAACUGGAAUCCCACCUUUCUCACUUAGGAGAGACAUGGCAAAUAAAACUUAUAUCCUCAAAUGGCAACUAACCCCAACUCCUACCCGCGUGGACAACUCUACUGUUUUUUUUUUUCCUCCCUGACUGGCUUUUGGUCACUUAGCACGCAGGCAUGGUUCCGAUUCUCUGCCUUUCUCUCACAAUAGAAGCAGAUCAAGCAAACACCUUCUGGAAGAAAAGGCCGAGAACUGGAGCAACGGUUUGAAAAAGCUGUACAGUACAAUUUCUUUUUCCAGUUUUUUUCAUGGUGACAUUUGUUCGUCGAGCCACAUGUGUGCUUUAUCUCUUCAGUUAAUGGCCUUGUUUACUGGAUUUCUAGCACCUCCUCCUCCUCUUCCUCCCCCUCCAACCUGCACCUCAGAGACAGCUGCUCAGAAACCACCAAGCUCCCUUCUCCCUUCUCUGGACCUCUAAACUGUGUCCUUUCUGCACUGGGGCUGCAACAUUAUGAACUAUAAUACACACAUACUCUAAUCACCUUUGCACAAAACACACACAAACACAGACAUUUUUAUUGAUGGUGCAAACCAGUCUUUCCCCCUAGAUUUUUUUAUCUGUAUGUUAUCAGAUGUGACAUUUUAGGCUUAGAGCUGGAUGUUGGCUGGUCCUCCUUUUUUUCAGAGAGCAAGGGAAGUACUUGUGUGCACAGAAACAUACACAAAUAUUAUUAGAAGCAGUUGUUCUAAGACUGAAAUUCCACUUUUUUUUUCUUUAUUCCUGAUUAAGCUGGCGAGCAAGUCACAAAACAUGGACAGUGACUCUCUGUGAUAAUGAUGGCAGGUUCUGGUCAGGACUGUUACCUUCAACACCGCGGCGUCAGAGCUCUUACAGGGGCGAGAAAGACACAUCAGAGACAUGCAGCCCUUGUUUCUGCACACACUCAGUAAGGUAUUCACACACACAAACACGUGCAUACAGUGUUACAGCGUUAGCCUUGAUGCUGCAGGCGCACUUUCCUACAGUGACUCACUCCACAGUACAGACGCAUCUACAGACGCACUUCAGUCGCAUAGAAGUGUCAAACAGUCCCACACAUUGAUCAUGAGCAAUAGGUGCACUUUCAGACAGAUGAUGUCGGCUCAUAAGUAAGACACGCAAGGCCCUCCUCUCUGAUGUAAUCCCCUCCCAACUAUGAAAGUGAUGAAUGUACCAAAUAAGUGACUGAAUGUAUGAACCUCAAGCAGCUCUGUGCGGCUCAAUGAGGAGGAUUUCACAAAGAGAAAACACAAAAAGGAAAUCAAACGAGGCACGGUUGCUUGAGGAAUGAGGAUGCAGGUGAAAGACACAAGCCAAGUGCCUGGUCAGGGUGCAGCGCUGGGACCUUUUUAGUGCCUCUUGAGUUUUCCUGACCGUGAAGUGGAAUUUCAUGAGGGAAGCUAUUGUAUUUUGACCAGAUCAGAGAUGGUGAAACUUAAAGGAAUAGUUCACUUUUUCUUUUGAAGUGGGUUUGUAUGGGGUACUUAUCCACAAUCAGUAUAUUACAUACAGUAGAUGUCACACCUCUUGUUUAGAGAAGCAGGAUGAGGUCUGCUGGUUUUUGUUUUGAUGUGUUUUCUUUGGAUUUUCUUUUUUGUUUUUUAUGUGUGUGUGUGUGUCUGUGUGUGUUUCUUAUUCUGUUCUUGUUUUGUCUUAAUUUGUGUUUGAUUUGAUCAAGGUGUCUAUGGUGAGUACUGGGGCAGAAAUUGCGAGUAGUCAUGUGUAAAAUCAUUUUUAUUUUUUAUAAAAAUAAAAAAUGGGGGUAGGAUUUGCUAGAAACGUACGUCCUCCUGCGUCUUUUCAGACAUAAAAUACUUAAUAUAAUAUAGUAUUAUAAUAAUAUAAUAAUGUUAUUUACUGAAAAUGUUUGAUGGGUUUCAAGGAGUUGUUUUUCUAACGUAUAUUUAAUUUUUACUCUUCCAUUUUAUUUGGCAUAUUAGAAAUAAUAAAAUUGA